AUGGCUAAGCUAGCUCUGCCAGGUCCUGUUAUUUCUCUCCUGCUUCUGUUCUUCUUCUCGGGGGAGAUUUUGAUGUUGGUGAAUGGACAGGUUACAAUCCCAGCUGCCAAUUUGAGGAUCAGGACCUCCACUGCCACAGGAAAAGGAGGUUACAAUCCCUGCUGCCAAUUUGUGAGUGGAGGAUCAGGACCUCCACUGCCACAGGAAAAGGAGGAUACUUGGUGUGUGCCUAAGCCAGGAACCCCAUACUCUGCAUUACAGAACAUCAUAAACUUCACUUGUGGAAUAUUAAAAGAAUGCAGUGAAAUACAAGAGCAUGGUUCAUGCUACUUUCCAAAUACCCUCAUAAACCAUGCCUCAUUUGCCAUGAAUCUUUCCUAUAAGACCGAUGGACGCUACAAUUGUGAUUUCAAUGGCGUUGGCCUUAUCGUUGUCACUAAUCCAAGUUUUGGUGAUUGCAUCUAUGCCUGA